AGGAAGGAGGGAGAACGGAGCCCGUUCGUCAGGCCGCCGCCCCGCGCCCUUCCGCCCCCCCCUUGCCUCCUUUCCCCUCCUCACAAGGCCCCACCGAUUUCGCAGCCGCUAGUGUCAGAUCGUUUUCGCAAGCGGACGCCUUAUCCUCGGUCGCGGCGGCGGCGUCAUUCUGGUUUCUGUGUUCUUCCGCCGGACGAAAUAGUCCGCCUUUUCGCUUCUGUGUCCCUAGUGCCCCCACCCGCAAGGGAAAGGGAGUCUCUGCCUCCGCCUUCUCGUGUGACUGGCUCUCUUGACAAGGGAAGAAAGAAAAGGAGCAGCAGCAUCCCCCAAGCCCGCAUUUGCUUUUUUCCCUCCCCGUUGCCGCCUCGCAUCGGAAAGGGGCAGAGGGUGGGUGACUGGAUUGUGCAGCGUUGGGCGGAGGCGGCCGCAGGCCCCGGCGCUGCUGCUGAUGGAAAGGAAAAGGAUGGUGGCCCUCUUUCGAUAAAGCAACGCGAAGGCUGGGGAAAGACUCUGAGGAGCAGGGGCGCCCCCUUGUAAGGUGGGGGGCUGGAUCUUUACAGUCUGCCUUUUUUUCCUUUGCUGUGGGCACCUGAGAGGAAGAAACAGCGCAAAGAAAAGGAAACGCGAAGCAGAAGAGGCGAUAGUCGAUCCGGCACGGGGCGGGGGGAGGGAAAGCAAGAAACCAUGUCAGGGCGGCCGAGAACCACCUCCUUUGCAGAAAGCUGCAAACCGGUGCAGCAGCCUUCAGCGUUUGGCAGCAUGAAAGUUAGCAGAGACAAAGAUGGCAGCAAAGUGACCACAGUGGUAGCAACUCCUGGACAAGGUCCAGACAGGCCUCAAGAAGUUAGUUAUACAGAUACUAAAGUGAUUGGAAAUGGAUCUUUUGGUGUUGUAUAUCAAGCCAAACUAUGUGAUUCAGGAGAGCUGGUUGCCAUCAAGAAGGUUCUACAAGACAAGCGGUUUAAGAAUCGAGAGCUUCAAAUCAUGAGAAAGCUCGAUCACUGUAACAUUGUCAGAUUGCGCUAUUUCUUUUACUCCAGUGGAGAGAAGAAAGAUGAGGUAUACCUUAAUUUGGUUCUGGACUAUGUUCCUGAAACAGUAUACAGAGUUGCUAGGCAUUAUAGUCGAGCCAAACAGACACUCCCCAUGAUAUUUGUGAAGUUAUACAUGUAUCAGCUAUUCCGAAGUUUAGCCUAUAUCCAUUCCUUUGGAAUAUGCCAUCGGGAUAUAAAACCACAGAAUCUUUUGCUGGAUCCUGACACAGCUGUCCUAAAACUUUGUGAUUUUGGAAGUGCGAAACAGCUAGUCCGUGGAGAGCCUAAUGUAUCUUACAUCUGCUCUCGGUACUACAGGGCUCCAGAGUUGAUCUUUGGAGCCACCGAUUAUACCUCCAGUAUAGAUGUUUGGUCAGCUGGCUGUGUACUGGCAGAAUUAUUACUAGGACAACCAAUUUUCCCAGGUGACAGUGGUGUAGAUCAGUUGGUGGAAAUAAUCAAGGUCCUUGGAACCCCUACAAGAGAGCAGAUUAGAGAGAUGAAUCCCAAUUACACUGAAUUUAAAUUUCCUCAGAUUAAGGCACAUCCAUGGACUAAGGACUCGUCAGGAACAGGACAUUUCACCUCAGGAGUACGGGUCUUCCGGCCCCGCACUCCACCAGAAGCAAUAGCGCUAUGUAGCCGCCUGCUGGAAUAUACCCCCACUGCACGACUGACUCCACUAGAAGCAUGUGCACACUCUUUCUUUGAUGAAUUACGGGACCCAAACAUCAAACUACCAAGUGGGCGAGAGAAACCUGCACUCUUUAACUUCACCACUCAAGAAUUGUCAAGUAAUCCUUCUCUGGCUUCGACCCUCAUACCUGCUCACGCUCGGAAUCAAGCAGCUGCUUCAACACCCACGAAUGUUUCAGCAGCCUCAGAUGCUAAUGCAGGAGAUCGAGUUCAGACCAAUAACGUAGCUUCCGCAUCAGCCUCCAACUCCACCUGAAUUGGUCACAAGCAGCAGCCCGUACAGGAACAAUCGCCAGUGCUUUUGAGUCAUGCUCGGCAAUACUGGUCACACUUGGAAAGAAAAUGUAAAAAGGGGGAGGAAAAACCCUAUUCAUUAUAGUGUUCAAUUUUUUAAUUGUUGUUCUUAUUUAACCUUGUAAAAUAUAAAUACAAACCAGUUUCAUUGUAUGCUCACUCUGCAGGCUCUUUGGGGCAGGGGAACAGGUGGGAUGGGAACAGGGCAAGUGGAGAAAGGAACACACCCAUGUCUCUUCCCAUGACAAUCUGCUAAUGUCAAACAAUUGCUGUUGUUACUUCAGAAUCAAGAAUCUUGUCUCAUGCCCUCCCACAACAAAAACAAAACCCUCAUUCUUCUGAAGCUCCUUUUUUUUAAGCCUCGUAUUGUUAAGUAAAGUUUCAACUUUUGGUGUAGUGCACAACUUGAAUUUGGUCAGGAGCUUAGCAGGAGUUGCUCACCUAGAAUAUCAUAUUCUGGAGAACUUAAUUGGAGUCAGGAGGAAAGACCAGGGGAGGUGCAAAAGUAUGUUGAAUUGCCAAAUAGAAGUGUGGGGAGGGAGGAAUUAUUGUGUGCAUGAAGCUUGGAACAAUAGGAGCCAGAUCUUAAUCCUAAAUUCCAUGCUAGCAUUGAAGAAUUUUGCACAUAUGUAUGGUACAUAUACACACACAAACUGUUGGAUUGAAUGACUUACUCUCAUUCACCUACCCAUAACCUGGUGGAGUUGAACGUUGAAAGAUCUAUAAAGCACAAAAGACCACGGCCAGUCAGUUCCAUUCCUUGACAGAAAGAUAGAGGUGUACUACCUUUCCAGGGACAGAAAAUAAAUCCCUUUCUGCACCCUUCCACCUCAUGUUUGUUCACUGCAAACUAGCCAGCUUUCAUGAAGAAGCAGACAGGAAAAGAGUUCCGGGUGUUAUAAUGUGAAUCAACACAAUAUUUUUGUUACAAUUAAAGCUUUCAGAUUGGCACAUUAUUUUAUAAGUAGUUUUAAAUCAAAAUCUAGAAUUUGUGCCCGCCUUCUUUUCUAACGUUUAUUUAUUGAUCUUUAGCAAUUGCUGUUGUAGCAAUCGUAAGAAUCGUAGACAUAACAAUUUAUUUGCUCCUGCUGACUUACAGAAAGCUCUCUGUGUGUGUAUAUACACAUAUACAUAUGAAUAUAAAUAUAUAUAUAUAUUAUAAAUAUAUACAUAGAUACAGUGCUGCAUUUUUAUUUUUGUUUGUUUAGCUCUGUGGUAGGUCUGACUGAAGUAGAAAUGCCUGUUUCUAAUGUCUGUGUUCUGGAUUAUUUUGUAGUGGCAAAAAGUCUCUCUGUUUUUGAAGCGAAAGCAAUACUCCGUGGAAGGUUCUGGGAAGGUUAUGAGAAGGGCGGCUGGGGCAGUGGUAGCUGCUGUAACAAGCUGUUGUGAGUGGCUUCAGAGGGAUGCCCACCUAGCCUUCCAUCCACACCAAGCCGAGUCAUCAUGGUGCUGGUGGGAGCUCAUUUUGUUGGUCAGUCUUUGGAACCUGUUUGGCCCCACAAGAGCCAGCAGUAGGCAAAUCCUGCCCUGGAAGGCAGCUGAACAUAGAAAAUUUCCCAGGCUCUUGCGCUUGCCUCCUUGAGGGUGAAGGUUUUAAGAGGAGGCAAGUGAGCACUAUUAAAGUUCUGUCUAAUAAAAUGUGCUUGUGGAGGUGGGGGAUUGCCUGCCUAAAAGUCUAGAUGGCUAGAAAGAGCAUUCACAUACUUUGGUAUUAAAAUAGGUUAAAGAACCAUGAGUAUGAAAACCAUUUUUUUUUUACUUCCAAAUACACCAGGUUGCUAGCAAGUGACCUGUAAUGAAGGAGGGGCCUGACCUGGGAUCUGAGUGCAUGGAAAGAGCCUUUGCGUGUCUCCAUGCUGAGCAGGUGGCAUCACAACCAUCGCAAAGGAGGCCCUUGAACGACCCUGGCGAUGAGCCGCUGUUGCAGUCAUGCUGAUAUCGCACAGAGAAGAGAGGGCUGUGGGCUUGCAUCACUUUUUGUUAGUUUAAACCUAGCAGGGGAGAAGGAUUUAAAGCUUUAAUUCUUUUUUAAACGUGUGUAUGUUUAGAAAAAAGGGGAUCCUGAUGGUUUUAUUCAAGGAUCAUGGUGGGAUUGCAAACAAAAUUUUAUACAAAUGUAGAUCCAGGUGUUUCAGUACCAUUUUUGUAAAUAAACUGACAAAAGCUCCUCACCAAAUUCAAGUUUGUACAUUAGUUCUUAAAAAUUUGAGUUUUAUUGCUUUGUAUAUAAAUAUGUGGACACAGAAACUGCUGUUAAUGAGCAAAAAGUUACCAUUCAGGGCAGUUAUUUUGUUUUAAUAAUCAGACAAAAUGUAGACGAGCUUUUUAAAGCCAUAUAGUUCUAACUCUGUACAGUAGAUAACCGGCCUGUAUUAUUGUAACAAUAACUCUAGCGAUGUAUAGUAUAUCUAUAUAGUUUGGAGUGCCUUUGCUUCCAUGAUUUUUUAAUUUAAUUUUAUUCUUUUUUGUAACAGAUAUCUCACAAAUGGAAAUACCUUUGCUCCCCUUCUUUCAGAGAUUUAAUGGUCAAUAGAAAAUGCAUCCAUAACUUUGCAUUUCAAAUCAUGACUUUCUUGUACAUGUUUAAAAGUUCUUCACAAUUCCAGUGACCGGUUUCAUUUUAUGUUUGCCAUCGUGGCAUCUUAAGUGGCAGGUUUACAUUUGGUUCAUCUUUUCCAAGCACAUUGUCAAGAGGUCUUGGGAGGAGCAGUUUCUAGGACCUUUUUAUUCUCCGGAGGAAGAAUUCAGCAUUGUAAAGAAGCAGUAAUGGAGAGGAGGAAGAAUAAGUAGGAUCCCUCCUCCUCACGCACACUGUAUGUUACAGAUCUUAAAAUUUGCAAGCUUUUUUGGCCAAAUAUUAAUUUGAGAUAUUAAGACCCUGUAGUUGUAAAUUAUCACCUGCCUUCCCUGUCCCACCCAAGCUCAAGUUUUACUUCCUUAUAAAAUCAUUUAAAAGUUGACCUUAAAUUCUUGUGCCCAGCUAAAGGCCUUGCUUUUAAAACUUCAUUCACUUGUAUGUUCAACCUUGUUACCUUCCACGUGAGAUUCUCUUCAAUGGCAAAAUGCUGAAAUUUUUAUCAAACCAAAGGUUGCUGUUUUGUUUUUUAAAUCUUUUUGUAGGCAUCUUGUGUUCAUUCCAGUAAGGCAGAGGCUGCAUUUUUUCUGGUGACACGAAGGUCAGUGAUGGCAUUUUGUUUCUGACAGUCCACUCAGCAUUUUAUUUUUGUGGCUUGUUUUUCAGUGUAGUACCCUGUGCUCUCUCCAUCUCUCCUUCGUCUGUGUUGCAACUCUGCAUGUACCUGAGAUGGCAUUAAAUGAUAUUAUUGUGUCCCUGACUGAAGGUCAGUCAACAUGCUGGUUAUCUUAAUUUUGAAGUAAGUUCAUUUAAAUAAAAGAAAAAUGUGGCUUUUUCAACAUAGAAUGUUUUAAAGUCAUCCUUCCUUUAAUAUCCCGAGUAAUGGUGGAUAUUUGUAAUUAGUGUUAAUUUGAAAUGUUCCCAGAUUAGUAAUGCUUCUCAAGAACCAUUACCAAUAACCCUUUCUCCAUUACAAAUCUCAGCAACUAGAGGUCAAAAGCACAGCUUAGUAUCUACUCCAGGAUCUACAUUUUUCAAAUACAUGCAUCAGAGAGCCUUAGAAUUCCCACUGUUUCUACAGGAGCUAAUUUCUUGCUUCAUUCUGCAACGAGACAAUGAAAGCAAAACUAAAAAAACAAAACAAAAUUAAAGACUAGUACGUAAAGGAUUAGCUUCAGAUACUUACCUUCCUUCCUUGUGUUGUUUGUUCUUGGUUUUCUGGAAGAACAAUUUAUAUAUAUAAAUAACAAUUUAUAUAUAUAAAUAAUAUGCUUGCCUGUAAAAUUUGCGUUUGUUACUACGUUGCUAAUAGAUCACUUGGGCUUGUGCACAAACUUAGCGUGAUCACUUCCAUCUUAAAAGCAGAAAUCUAAAAUAUAUAUAUAAUGGACUGUGGGUUGUAUACAAAAUAUUGCAUACACAUGCAAAGCUGUCUUGAUUCAAAGAAGAAGCAAAACAUGUAUAACAUUAUUACUACUUGAAUGCCUCUGUGACUGAUUACUUUUUCAUUUUAAAUAUAAACUUUUUGUGGAAAGUAUGCUUAAUGUUUUAUUAUUUUACCUCCUCCCUUCUGCUCCUUUGUAAAUACAUUUUGUUCUGUGUGACUUGGUUCGGAAAUAGUUAACUGGUACUGUAAUUUGCAUUAAAUAAAAAGUAGGUUAGCCUGGACAUGGAAUUUAAAA